UGGCAAUUAUCCAUAUUCGAUAGCGCUAUAUCAUCAUUCACAAGAAAGCACGUGUUCGUAGUAUUUACAAAGUAAAAAUGGGAAAAAAGAUUACUGCCAAGAUUGGACCUUCGAUUUUGAAUGCCGAUUUGGGACAGUUAUCAGAAGAAUCUCAGCGAUUGAUUAACAAUGGUGCUGAUUAUUUACAUUUAGAUGUUAUGGAUGGGCAUUUUGUACCUAACCUUACUUUCGGCCAUCCAUUAGUAAAAUGCCUCCGUAAUAAAGUAAAAGAUGCAUUUUUGGAAACCCAUAUGAUGGUCUCUAAUCCAGAACAGUGGAUAGAACCUAUGGCUGAUGCUGGUGUCAAUCAGUACACAUUCCAUGUGGAACCAGUGAAAGAUAUUCCACUAGUUUGCAGAAAAGUACGAGAAUCAGGAAUGAAGGUUGGAGUAGCACUUAAACCUGGAACACCAGUAGAUGUAGUUGUAGAUUAUGUGGACCUAGCAGACAUGGUAUUAAUUAUGACUGUAGAACCAGGUUUUGGUGGACAAAAAUUCAUGCAACCAAUGAUGGAAAAAGUAGCUUGGCUAAGAAAAAAUUAUCCUACUUUAGACAUAGAAGUAGAUGGGGGUGUAGGACCAUCUACUAUUGAUGCAUGUGCAAAAGCUGGAGCAAAUAUGAUUGUCUCAGGGACAGCAGUUAUAGGUUCCUCUGAUCAAGCAAAAGUUAUAAAAACUUUAAGAGACACAGUAAAUUGUGCAUUACAGAAUAGUUAAAUAUUGGUGAAAAAAAUAAUAUUAAAAAUAUGCAAAAUGAA